CACACACGAAGUCCACAGCCUCAUCCUCUCGUGUCCGGCCGGCUUCCUUCAUAGCAGUUUUUGUCAGGUACGGUGCAUGCACUCGUCAGUUUUAGCCAGCUGGUUCACCCACCUUAGCUUCUCGCUCGUCAGUUAAGGGCUUCAGGCCACGCACACAAACCAACAAUCCACUAGCUUGAAAAACCAUAUAGCUAUCGGCAUGCGCGGCGGCCAUGCCAUGGCGGCGGGGUACGCGGUUGCCGGCCUGCUGCUGAUCGCCCUCACGCUGCCGCUCACGGCGGCUAUACCAUGGCCGGCGUGCGGCAACAGCAGCACCGGGAACUACACCACCAACAGCGCCUACGGCAGGAACCUCCGCCAGGUCGCCGCAUCCUUGCCAGGCAACGUCUCCUCAUCAGCCACUCUCUUCGCCACGGCCGUCACCGGGACGGCACCGAGCACGGUGUACGCCCUCGGGCAAUGCGGCGGCGACCAGAGCGCCGCCGCGUGCCGCGACUGCAUCGCGGCGAGCUUCGAGCAGGCUUACAAGAUGUGCCCCGGCGGCAACAAGCGCGUGGCCAUCUUCUACGACACGUGCCUCCUCGGCUUCUCCGACCAGGACUUCCUCGCCUCCACCACCAACUCCGACGACCAGUCGGUGUUCCUCGAGAACGGCCUCAACGUCACCUCCGACUCCGACGACGUCGCCCACCAGUUCAACGCGACAGCCUACGAGCUUCUCGGCACCAUGGCCGCCUACAUUGGCGCCACCAUGGACGAAGGCGGCAACUCGUCCAACAAGUUGAAGUUCCUCACCGGAUCCAUUGCCUUCGACGCGGCCUACCCGUUGAUCUACGGUUUGACGUCCUGCAACCCGGACAUGACGCCCGGGCAGUGCCGCGGAUGCCUUGACGCGUCGAUCGCCGAGAUGCCACAGAAAUUCUACCCCAACACCAAGGGCGCUAGGAUCGCGGGGCUCCGGUGCGUCGCGCGGUAUGAGGUGUACCGGUUCUUCAAUGGUUCCAUCAUGCUGCAGCUGCCACUACCUCCACCAGGCAACCAGGAUGGCAAUAAGAGUAAUCAUACUGGCAUGAUUGUUGCAAUCGUAAUACCUUCAGUUGUGGCUAUAGCUGCAAGCAUGGCGAUGUGCCUUUUUUGCUGGAGGAGGAGAACAAAAAGUAAAAGGUCACGUUCAUUUGGAUCUCACAUGGAAAGCAUUGAAAGUAUUGAAUCACUUCUUAUAGACCUGCCAACACUACGGUUGGCCACUAAUAACUUUGCUGAGAAUAAUAAGCUUGGUGAAGGAGGAUUUGGAUCAGUCUACAAGGGAACACUUCCUAGUAGUCAAGAAAUAGCGGUGAAAAGGCUCUCUCAUAGUUCUCGUCAGGGAAUUGGAGAACUGAAGAAUGAGCUAGUGUUAAUUGCCAAGCUCCAACACAAAAAUCUCGUAAGGCUUGUUGGUGUUUGCUUGCAAGAGGACGAGAAGCUUCUGGUUUAUGAGUACCUACCAAACAGAAGUCUGGAUACCUUUCUUUUCGAUUCAGAGAGGCGGAAAGGGCUAGGAUGGGGCACAAGGUUUACCAUAAUAAAUGGAGUUGCUCGAGGGUUGCAAUAUCUACAUGAAGAUUCGCAGUUGAAGAUAGUCCACCGAGAUCUGAAAGCCAGCAACGUUCUUUUGGAUGCGGAUAUGAACCCUAAGAUUUCCGACUUUGGCUUGGCAAGGCUUUUUGAAGGGGAUCAGUCACAAGAGACUACCAAACGAGUUGUUGGGACAUAUGGAUACAUGGCACCAGAAUAUGCUCUACGUGGGCAAUACUCUAUAAAGUCAGACAUAUAUAGCUUUGGCGUGUUGAUUUUGGAGAUUAUCACGGGAAGGAGAAACAGUGACUCGUACAGUUCUGACGAAGCUGUUGACCUACCAAGUCUUGUGUGGGAACACUGGAGAAUGAAAUCAAUCAUGGAGAUAAUUGACCCUUACUUGAGGAGCGCUUCCUCUGAGGACGAGAUAGUGAGGUGCAUCCAUAUUGGACUGUUGUGUGUCCAGGAAGACCCACUUGACAGGCCAACUAUAUCUUCUAUCAGCAUCAUGUUCGACGGCAACACGGUCCCCUCCCAAGCUCCAGCCCGGCCAGCAUUCUAUGUAGAAAUGAGCGGUUUCAUUGGAUCAGGGACAUACUCCCACCAAUACCCAGGGUUUAUUAAUGACUCUACUCAAAGGUCGACAGUAAUGUCACCGAAUGAGCUAUCGAUAACAGAUCCUGAACCAAGAUAAGUUUGGAAAAUAAUUUACCAGAGCAAGUCAUGUAUGUAGGUAUGUAAGGAAAGGACCAUGCAUUGUUGUAUAUAUGUAUGAGUGCAUUUGUACAUUUUUAUAGCCUAUGUGCGUGCAUUUAGUUACAAUGUCGUAUAGCCACUUUAGUUGUACUAAUACUCUCCAGGCAUUGUAUUCUGAGAAAAUAUUAAGUGGAACAUGUAUUCCUCAUCAACAGUAAAUUUUAUUAAACUUCUGUGUGUAAUCAUAAAAGUGUGAUGAGUAACUGCCAUUUCUAAA